AUGGAAGACAAACGGGUAGAGUUCAGCGCAGAAUUGCCUUCGAUAAAUAGUACGACAAGUAUUUCGGACAAUCUGGUGUUUCGCAACUACUAUGACAAGCUCUUAUUCAAAAACAGCAGUGGCAAAUCCCUGACAGAUUUGCCGCGCCAGGCGAUGCCAAGAGCUCCAGAGAUGGAAGCACGCAAUGUAGAUUUUGUCAGCGGGCUCGGGUUUGGGCCUCGGGGCAAUACCAUGCAAAGUAGUGCUGCGCCAAGUGCACAGGCAGCUCUGCGUGCCGUUCAGAUGACACCUUCUAAUUCGGAGCCCUUGAGGAUGCCACCUGGAUUUCAGGUUGGCGAAGACCGUUCUGGGAUGUCAAGUAUCUCUUUUCAGUUUGGAAACCCACAUCCUUUCGCUGCACAAGUUCCGCCUCAAGCGGGUCUGGCGCCAGUCGCAGGAACGGUGGGUUCAGCUAACUCCCGCAACAACAGUGUUGGCUCUUCGGGCUCGUCAGGCUCCACCAUCUUAGCUUCCCCUACGAGUUAUUAUGCGGCACUCACGCAGCAGUCACUAAGCCCUACUGGCGCCCUGUCGCCUGUUAAUAGUGCUGGCGCAGUCACUUAUUUGGGAUUUGACCCUCAACAACAAAUUUUACAACAGCAACAACAUCGGCAACAACAGCAACAACAGCAACAACAGAACCACCAACAUCAACAGCAGCAGCAGCAACAGAAUUUUCAACAGUAUUAUCAACAACAACAACAGCAGCAGCAAUUUAAUGCUGACAGGAGGUCUUCUUACAUUUCUGAUACCCUUAUACACAGCCCUAUGAACCAAGACUCUCACAAUAUGCUACCAUCAAACUUGGAACAGCUAUACAACUCUGCGAAUAUGUCCAAGAAUCGCUAUUUGCAGAUGCCUGCGAAACGACAGUCCGUUCCUAAGGUGAAUUAUAAAUCAUCGCAUUUGAUGCAAUCUUCCAACUUGGGCCAGCCUGGCUCACACCAAUUGGACAAUGGACUGGAGCUGACAAGUGAACAGCAAGUUGUAGCUUCUGCGGAGCUCAAGACUCUUUACGAAGACUGUGGCAAAAACUACUUUUCAAGUGAAGAAGCGUGUGGUUUCAUGGAUAAUAUUAAGGCUUUACUUUCUGGCGGCCAGUCAAGCGGUAUUGCGGGCAACGUGGUUAAGUUUUUAACAUUCUUGAAGAGCUCCAAUCUGAAUUACAAUCCUCAAUCAGAUGCAUUUGUAUCCGGUAAUGAGACCAGAAGAAAUAGCAGUACCAGUGCCUAUCUACAUUACAAGCCUUUGGUACUGGUUGCGUUAAAAAAUGGAAAAUUGGAACUACUGUCCAUCCCUCAAACAACAAACUUGGCAAUGGAGCGUAAAGAUUUAGUUGUAAUAGACGGAGAUCGCGGCAAAGACUUGGCCUUAGUUGUUGAACCUCACGUUGAGUUGGACUUGGCACUCUUCAUCAAUUUUUUGAAGAAAAAGAUACAUUUCGACUCUUUGAUAACUAAUAGGGAUCAGCAUUUUCCUAAUCACGAUUUCAUCAGAGCAUUGGUGGACACUAUCCAGGGACAUACGGAUGAGCUAAAUUCUAAACUAUAUGACGUGAUCGAGCUUACACAGCUCAUAAUUCCGUCCAAGCAAGUAUUGAGAUUUGCGACCUCUUGGGAAGUCACCACGAACUUGCAUAACAAGUUUCAGGAUGAAUUAAAAGCUCUACACAUUGCGCAAUUGAAGUUGAAGUCUUUGAAUAGUGGCCUAUCCCACCAUCAACACCAACAGCCGCGCUCGAAUUUGAAUAUUAAGAUUUUAAAUGCCGAGUUCCAAUUUGACCGCAAGAAGCUAACUUUUUACUACGUGUGUCAAGAAAGAAACGAUUUCCGUGAGUUGAUUAAAGAACUGUUUAAGUUCUAUAAGACCAGAAUAUGGUUGUGCGCGAUACCGAAUAACUUGGACAUUGAGUCAAAAUAUUACGACAAGCAACUGAAAGAAAUAAAAAUGUAUCAGUCAAUGAUGCAGCACUACGCUGGAGAAGAUAUAUUGGACAACGGGUCCGGAUCUGGCUUUGUCGUGGCGCCAGCACUCAACUCAAUAUCACUGGACAAUUUUCAGAUUGGAGUAUACAAAGAGCUUGUCAAUGAGUUGUUUGCACAAAGAUAG